AUGAAAUACGGCGACUUUUAGAGACUAAUUUCAGAGGAAGAUGAACUAGUUUAAAUAUCCAAGGCUUAGUUGGAAUAAUUAAUUCUAAAAAAUUAGCAAUCUGAAGUACUUCCAACUCAAAAAUAAUCCAGCAAAAAAAUUGUCAUAAAAUAGGCCUCAAAGAAACAAAAACAUUAUUAAUUUGCUGAUGUUCACUAUUGGACAAUUACGUAAUUUGAUUGGGAUAAAAAAGUACUGGAUGCCUUGAAGGGAGCAUUUGGUAAAGAAUAAUUUAAAGCAAAUUAAAAGGCCAUAAUAAAUUGUGUAUUAGCAGGAGAGGAUGUUUUUGUUUGUAUGCCGACUGGAUAUGGAAAAAGUAUAACCUUUUAAAUUCCUGCAUUUGUAGAGAAUGGGGUUUCGAUUAUUGUUAUGCCAUUGAUUUCAUUGAUAUUUGAUUAAGUGCAAUAUCUCACAAGUCUUGGUAUUCCAACUCUCAAUAUGAGUGGCUAAAACAGACUUUUAACAGCAUAGUAAAUUCUGGAUUAAAGAAUAAAAUUAAUUUACACUACUCCUGAAAAAAUUGAGAUGAUCUGA